AUGAGUGAAGUUCAUGGGGAACUGCCGAAGGGCGAUUCUUUAGUCAAUACCAACAUUAAUACAACCACUGCAGCCACUGCAGCUACUGCAACAGCUGCUAGUGCAUAUAAGUUUGAAGAAGCAUACGACACAUUUCUUACAAAGAUAAGGUCCUAUCUACUUGAUGCAUCACCCGAGAUUAUUACAUCUGCGGUGGAAAUACUCUUGGAAAUACUUGGUUCAGACACCAUCAAUGUUACAACGAAAAGGAAGGAGAUUAAUGCAUUAUUGAAGAUCCAGGUCAAGGAUGAAGAAUUGAGUCAGUUGAUACAGUUGGCUAAUUUGCAUAACUCAUUCUUGCACAAACAUGAGAUUGAUCAAGCAGGGGAAAAGCACCACCACCAACAACAACAACAACAACAACAACAACAAAUUGUUACAGUGGAUAUUGAGAUGGAUGAGGAAGAAGACGGAAAUCAACUAGAGGGAGGUGAAGUUUAUUCAAAGGAAGUUGUCGAAUUAGAAGAUGAAGAAGAUGAGCAAGUCAAUGAUCAGAAAGAAGAUUAUGACGAUUCAAUAGAAAGAGGAGUAGCAUCGCAAGUUGCCUUCAACUGGCAAAUUUUUAAGUCGCGAAUGGCCCGUAUUGGAAUUGAGAUUGAAACUGUGUCUAAAAUUUUGAGUGAUAAAACAAUAGAUGCCUCGAAAGUAUUAAAAGAAAAACUCAAGCAUCUCAUUGAAGAUUCGGCAUUAGUAGAUAAAAUCGUUGAAGAUCGAUGGAGAAUAGUCUUUACAAAACGACUAGAAGAGAAUGAGACAACAUUGAGUUUGAAAAAAAUCAUGAAAGAGAUGUUUCUGCUUCGAUUGUACAAUCUAGCCAUGGAAUUGAUCUUCACCGAAAAAGAUCAACGUCAUAUUACUCAGGAGUUGACAAGAAGACGUUUUUAUGAAGAAAAGGCCACCGAAUUAAAAGUUACACUACCCGAGGGUACGUUUCAAGAAAAACUACCAAGCUAUGAUAUCAUUACUGUUCCACCCCCUCUAGCAAAACAAAAAAACGUUGAAAAAGAUGAACUUUUGCCAACAUCAUCAUUGCCCGCGUGGGCACGCGAAGUUUUUCCCACGAAUGAGACCACCACAUUUAACCGCAUACAAUCUAAAAUCUACCCCAAGGCAUUUGGUAGUGAUGAAAACUUGUUGAUAUGUGCACCAACAGGUGCUGGUAAGACCAAUGUUGCUAUGCUCACGAUGCUUCGAGCUAUUUCUAACCAUCGCUUUAAUGAUGCCAUAAACAAAGACCAGUUUAAGAUUGUAUACAUUGCCCCAUUGAAAGCUUUAGUACUGGAGCAAGUCAGGGAAUUUCAAAGGAGACUUACGCCAGUGUUUGGAUUGGUGGUUAACGAAUUAACAGGUGAUGCAUCACUUUCACAGCAACAAAUAAAAGAGACAAAUGUGCUCAUUACUACCCCUGAAAAAUGGGAUAUUAUCACUAGAGAGAACCACGAGUAUUUGAGUUUGAUCAAGUUGGUGAUUAUCGAUGAGAUCCACUUGUUGCAUGAUCAAAGAGGACCAGUGUUGGAGUCUAUAAUAGCUCGUAUCAAUAGAGACCAGGAGAAUGAGGUAAGAAUUGUUGGUCUUUCAGCAACUUUGCCAAACUAUAAUGAUGUGGCAAAAUUCAUUGGGGCUAACGAAGAAGGCAUCUUCUAUUUUGAUCUGUCGUAUAGACCAUGCCCAUUGGAACAAAAAUUCGUAGUCAUCAAGGACCAAAAGGCAUUAAAGAAACGGCUUGCGAUUGACGAAGCUUGCUAUGACCUAGUACACAAGACUUUAAAGCAAAAUCACCAAUUAAUUGUAUUUGUCCACCUGCGAAAUGAAACAGUUAGUACUGCCGAGUAUCUUAUAAAUCGUUUACUGGAUCAAGAACUGGAUUUGAAUCUAGUUGCCGAAGAUAGUACUCGAGAAAUUUUGUCACAAGAAAGUGCACAAGUCACUAACGCCAAGUUGCAGAGGAUUCUUGGCAGUGGUAUUGGAGCUCAUCAUGCUGGCUUAAGCAAAGAAGAAAGGACAUUGGUUGAAGACUUGUUUGCCCAAGGUCACCUCAAAGUCCUUGUGUCAACUGCAACAUUGGCAUGGGGUGUCAAUUUGCCAGCACAUACGGUCAUUAUCAAGGGUACAGAAGUAUACUCGCCUGAAUCCGGUUCAUGGAUGCAACUUUCUCCUCAGGAUGUUUUCCAAAUGUUGGGAAGAGCAGGUCGUCCGAGAUACGACAAAAACGGUGAAGGUGUUAUCAUUACUACACAGGAUGAAAUUCAGUAUUAUCUUGCCAUUUUGAAUCAGCAAUAUCCUAUUGAAUCCCAAAUGUUGAACAAACUUAUUGACAGUAUGAACGCUGAAGUAGUGAGAGGGUCCAUAAAGACUUUGGAAUCAGCAGUAGACUGGCUUGGCCAUACUUAUUUAUAUGUGCGAAUGCUUCAACUACCAUCGCUUUAUAUGUUGGGUGGAAAUGGAAAUGGAAUUGGAAAAGGGAAAAGAGAUGAUCCAUCACUUUAUGUAAAACGAGCAGAAAUGGCACACGUUGCACUCACUGUAUUACAAAGGUGCAGAUUAAUAGAAUAUGAUAAUGGCCUUGUAAAAGCCACGGAGCUCGGAAAAAUUGCAUCUUACCACUACAUAAGCUAUCAAACAAUCAAUAGGUACAAUUCCUUACUCAAACCAUGGCACAAAGAAAGCGAUAUUAUUAGAGUCUUUGCACAAUCGGACGAAUUCCAGCUUCUUCCGGUGCGAAGAGAAGAGAGAUUGGAAAUCAGUAAGUUGAUGGAGAAAUGUCCAUUCCCCAUUCGAGAACCUCCAAUUGAGCCUGUGGCCAAGAUAAGCAUUCUUUUUCAAACGUAUAUUUCCCGUUUACAUUUAGAAGGCUACGCAUUAAUUGCAGAUAUGAUAUACAUUAAGCAGUCUGCAGAUCGUUUACUCCAUGCUUUAUAUGAGCUUGCGAUUUUGAAGAAAUGGUCCUCAUUGGCAAAGUAUACACUCGAAUUGGCGAAAAUGGCUAAACAGAGGAUGUGGCUAUGCGAUUCGCCAUUGCGUCAAUUUGGUUCUCUUGUGCCACGUGAUAUCAUUAGAGCAUCAGAGUCCUCGCAUUUGCCAUGGCUGCAGUAUUUCAAUUUGACGACAGAAGAGUUGGCAGAAGUUCUUUACUUGAAAGGUGGAAAUGCUAGAUUAGCAAUGCAGUAUAUCUCGUCGUUCCCCAAAAUUGAAAUUGUAGAUUAUGCCGUGCAGCCCAUAUCAGACGAGUUUAUGCGAAUCAAAGUUGAAGUUAGACCAGAAUGGGAUUGGAUCUGGGAAGUACAUGGCAGACAAGAGGUAUUUGAAGUUAUUUUGGAGGAUUGCAAUGGGCUCAGGUUGUUAUUGCACCGGCAAGUGUUUGUGCGCCAGCUGCAAAUCGGAGAAAAUCGCAUUUUGGAGUUUCAUGUUCCUCUUAGCAAGCCAUUAUCACCGAAUUUGAUAUUAUCGUUUGUUAGUGCCAAGUGGGUGAAUUGUACAUGGAAGACGGCUAUUGUUACUGAUUUGACGAUUCCAAAAGAUAAGUCGUAUUAUACUGCGAGAACCAACCAACUUGACGAUGCCCAUGUUCAUGAAUUUGAAAAUAUACCGCCAGUUUUCAGCCAGGAAGUGUACGAUAUCAUCUGUGACGAAGACCAGCAGAAUUGUUUUAUUGGAAUUAACCAGGGACAAGAAAAGUUGCAUGUACCAGACUUGGCUAUCUCGCGUCAUUUACAACAAUCGAAUGGAAGAGCGGUUUACAUCACUUCAAAACAAACAUCUAUUGAUCAAUAUGUGCAAAGGUUUGCAAAAUCGAACGAGGCUAAUAUUUUCAAAUUAACAGGAGAUUUAAAAAUUGAUGUUCAAGGUUACAACAAAUCUCAGAUUAUAGUUGGUAAGCCAGAGUACUUUUAUUCUUUAGUCAGAAGAUGGAAAACAUUAAAGUCUGUUAGAUCAAUAGGAUUGCUUAUCCUCGAUGACUUGCACUUGAUGGAAGCUAACCCAGUUUACGAGUUUUUGUUGACAAGGGUGAGACUAUUGCGAUCCCAGUAUAGCCACGAGACAAGUCUCAGAUUAGUUGCGAUAUCAUAUCCACUUAUGGACGUGCGUGAUGUUUGUACGUGGCUCGAUAUCAAAAAGGCAAAUAUUGUUAAUUUUCCCGCAUCUGUUAGAGAACACGAUAUUCUGCAAAUUGAUUUGACUAUCGAUGAUAAUAGUAAUGUUAAUGGCAGUGAUGAUGGUGAACAUGAAUACCUCAAUGAUGUUCCAUCAUAUAUUGAAAUGGGAAAGAAAGUGUUGAUUUAUGCUAAUUCGAAUGAAAUGGCUUUAAAAAUUGCCAAACAGAGCGCUUUCAACUUCAAAGCUGGAAUUGAUGCUCAAAAGUUUGUGGACAAAGUCAAGAGUGUGCAAUUGAAGGCAUUUUUGAAAGACGCCGGCGUGGCACUAUACCUCAAUACUUUUAGUGACUUGGAUAAGAAAAUUGCAAAACACUUGUUUGCAAAUGGAACAGUAUCAGUUUUGAUUGCCACAAGGGAAUCUGAAGACUUUUCGAUAUUGGCGGAUGUUGUUAUGAUUGACAAGACGCAGUAUCUGGAUAACUACGAACAUCGUGAGAUUGAUUAUAAUGUCACCACUAUCUUUGAUAUGAUUGGAAGUUGUCUGAGUUUGCAGAAUGAUGGACACAUAUACAUGCAAACUUCAUCUGAAAUGGUCAACUAUUACCUGUCGUUUAUCAACACAGGAAUAAUGGUGGAGAGUCAAUUGCGUUCACAUGUGCACGAAUUUUUCAUAGCUGGUAUUGUUGAUAAAUUGUUGAGACAAAGAGCUGAGUGUCUCGACUUGUUGACGCAUUCUUUUUUCUACCGUAGACUUUUGAGCAACCCUAGCUAUUACAAUUGCAAGGAUAUUUCAUCAGAUGGCCUUAGUGAGUAUUUGUCAAUGAUUAUUGAAUCUGUUGUUGAUGACUUGGUCCAGAACGGCUUUAUUGAAGAGAAAGGCGACGAGAGUAGUAGUGAUGAUGAUGAUGAUGAUAACGAAGAAGAAGAAGAUAAUUUACAAUUUGCUACAUUGAACAAAGCAUUAAUUGCAUCGCACUAUGGAUUAAGUUACGAUACAUUGAAUUUCUUUGGUGGGCUAAGCGAAGCAAGCAAGUUGAAAGAUAUUCUUCUUGCAUUGGCAAAUGCUGUUGAGUUUGAAAACAUUCCCAUCAGGAAUGGCGAGGACAAGUUAUUGACGAGUUUGGCGAAGAAGAUGCCUAUUAAAUUGAAUGGUGGUACUCAAGUUAAUAUUACUCCAUUCACGAAAGUGUUUAUUCUCAUUCAAGCAUUUAUUUCGCGGGUGAAGUUUCCCGAUACAUUGAGGUUCGAUGUCGAAAAAAUUCUUGAGGUAUUGAUGUCGAAAUUGCUUAAUGCAUGUAUUGAUAUGUUAUCAGGGGAGGGACAUCUCAAUGCGAUGUUACUCAUGGAUUUGUCUCAAAUGAUUACUCAACGCACAUGGUCAUUUGAAAACCACCUUCGGCAAAUUCCGCAUUUUGACAAUGAAGCGCUAUUGAAGCGUUGUAAAGAGCAUAACGUGACUAGUGUCUACGACAUAAUGAGUCUUGAAGAUGAUGAGCGUGAUGAGGUGUUGCAGAUCCCAGAGGAUGACGAGAGAUUAAACGAUGUGGCAGCAUUUGUGAAUAAAUAUCCAAAUGUUAAGCUCACUUAUGAUUUGCAGAAAACUAGUGUUGAAGUUGAUGAGUCGGUUUUGUUGUCGGUGAGUUUGGAGCGAGAUGAAGAGAUGGAAUCGCUUGAAGUGGUUAGUAAUGGAUUACCAAUUCUGAAAACGGAAAACUGGUGGAUUGUUGUUGGAGUGCCAUCUUCAGGUCAAAGUCAAUUAUAUGCUAUCAAGAAAUGCCAAAUCAGUCAGUUGGAGCAGACUUUUAACAUUGAGUUCAAUGUUCCGACUGUUGGCGAACACAAGUUGACGUGUUGGGUCAUUUGUGACUCUUACCUUGAUGCCGAUAAGGAGGCCAAUUUCACAAUCUCAAUAGUCUGA